AUGAGCGAAAAACCCCGGAGCCAGCAAUCUACAAAAUCAUCUCUAGCUUCUCCCUCGGAUAGCUGCCUCAUCAAGUCAGAUUCGUGGGACACCAAAUCACCUCAGCCAGUUGAACGCUGUUGCAAUAAGAAGAAGGAAAGAGACGGUACAACAAAGGAAAUGUCCACUGAAGCGUUUCCUCACUUUGGAACGGCUGCGAUCCAUGUUGGACAAGAGCCAGAGCAAUGGGAUAUGAAUCAAGUGGUGGCCCCUAUUUCUCUCUCUACAACUUACAAACAAGAUCGACCAGGAGAGCCGAAAGGUCACGACUACUCUAGAGCUGGUAAUCCCAGCAGGGAUGUUCUUCAAAAGUGUUUGGCAUCGCUUGAGGAAGGCAAAUAUUGCCAUGUGUUUGCAUCCGGCCUCGCCGCCUCAUCGGCGAUUGUGAACAUGUUAAAAAUUGGAGAUCACGUGAUCUGUUCUGAUGAUGUAUAUGGUGGGACACAACGUUUCAUUCGUCGUGUUUCUGUACCUAAUCACGGACUUCAAGCGGAUUUCGUUGACCUGACAGACCUUGCUAAGUUUGAAGCCGCUUUCAAACCUAACACUAAGUUGAUUUGGAUGGAGACACCUUCUAAUCCGCUACUGAAGGUUGUAGAUAUAGCUGCUAUAGUACACACUGUUAAAAGGAUCAAUCCUGAUAUCGUUGUGGUAGUGGACAAUACAUUCAUGAGCCCUUACUUCCAGCGUCCGCUGUCAUUAGGUGCAGAUGUCGUUGUUCAUUCAAUCACAAAAUACAUUAAUGGUCAUUCGGAUGUCGUAAUGGGAGCAGUGAUCACGGACAAUGAUGAUAUUCAACAACAUCUUUUCUUCCAACAACUUGCCGUUGGCGCCGUCCCUUCUCCAUUUGAUUGCUUCCUCGUGAACAGGGGACUAAAGACGUUGCACUUGAGAAUGAAAGCUCACUAUCAAAAUGCUCUUGCGGUUGCCAAAUAUCUUGAGGGUAGCGAAAGGGUAGAGAAGGUGUUGUAUCCAGCACUCCCAUCGCACCCACAACAUAAAAUUCACUUGGCCCAAACGAAGGGGAUGUCUGGAAUGAUGUCUUUCUAUUUGAAGGGUGGACUCGAGGAGAGUCGCACAUUCCUGAGUAGCCUUAAAAUUUUCACCCUUGCUGAGUCUCUUGGUGGAUAUGAAUCGCUGGCUGAAUUGCCAUCAAUUAUGACCCAUGCUUCCGUUCCUCCUGAGGAGCGCAAAAAGCUCAAAAUAACUGACAACCUCAUCCGACUUUCCGUUGGCGUGGAAGACCAGGACGACCUCAUCGCUGAUUUGGAUCAAGCACUUAAAGCUGCUGUGAAAGUAUGA